CAGCAAAGACUUAUUGAAAAUAUUACGCACUUAUGACCUAGGCAACACAUUCUACACUUCUAUCUUACACCAUGCACGUGUAGUAUAACCACACUUUUUAUGAAGCAGUUCAUGUGCUUAUGUUUUCAAAAGUGUGCAAGUUGAAACGACACAAAAAUGGUUGAAUUACAAGGAUUUGAUGAUCCUAAUUUAUCCCCGGAUGAAAAUGAAGAAGUCAAGAAGAAAAGCACUAAGAAAAGUGGUGGUUUCCAGUCAAUGGGAUUAAGUUUCAAUCUUUUGAAAGGUAUCACUAAAAGAGGAUACAAAAUACCCACACCAAUUCAAAGAAAAGCUAUACCUUUAGUACUAGAAGGUAGAGAUGUUGUUGCUAUGGCUCGAACAGGAAGUGGUAAAACUGCUUGUUUCUUGAUUCCCAUGUUUGAACGACUUAAAAUACGUUCGGCAAAAACCGGCGCAAGAGCUUUGAUUUUAUCACCUACAAGAGAAUUAGCAUUACAGACAUUGCGUUUCAUAAAAGAACUCGGUCGUUUUUCCGACUUAAAAGCAUCCGUUAUUCUCGGCGGUGAUUCCAUGGAGGAUCAAUUUUCUGCUAUUCAUGGCAAUCCUGAUAUUCUCGUUGCAACUCCGGGUCGUUUCCUUCACGUUUGCGUUGAAAUGGACCUCAAACUUAAAAACAUCGAGUAUAUUGUUUUUGAUGAAGCCGAUCGUUUAUUUGAGAUGGGUUUCGGUGAGCAGUUGAACGAAAUUGUUAACCGUUUGCCUGAUUCACGCCAAACUGUGCUGUUUUCUGCAACUUUGCCUAAAGUUUUAGUUGAAUUCGCCAAAGCUGGUCUUAAUGAUCCAGUCUUAAUCAGAUUGGACGUUGAGAGUAAAUUACCUACUGGUUUACAACUUUGGUUUAUCACUUGUCGGCCAGAGGAAAAAUUAGCCGCACUUAUAGUAUUACUAAAGUCACAUAUUGAAGAACAACAACAAACUUUAGUUUUUGCUGCUACAAAACAUCAUGUUGAAUAUGUGCACAUGAUUCUUGAUCAUUUUGGCAUUAGUAACACAUAUAUUUACUCAAAUUUGGAUCCAUCGGCUAGAAAAAUUAACGCAGCGAAGUUUAGUCAAGGGAAGUGCCAAGUUUUAGUCGUAACAGACGUCGCAGCCAGAGGAAUUGACAUCCCACAGCUGGAUAAUGUUAUAAACUUCAAUUUUCCAGCCAAAUCGAAACUAUUUCUUCAUAGAGUUGGUCGAUGUGCUCGUGCUGGUCGUUCUGGUACAGCUUAUUCACUCGUUUCACCUGAUGAACAUGCUUACCUACUAGAUUUGCACUUGUUUUUGGAUAAGGAAUUAUCACUAACUUUACCCACGAAUAAAGAAGGGUCAGUCGGGCGUAUGCCACAGAGUUUGAUUGAAGAACAGCAUAGUGCGCUGUUGACUUUGCACGAAACGCGAAUGGACAUUGCAAGCAUGAAAAAAGUUACAGAAAAUGCGUAUCAGCAAUAUUUACGCUCGAGACCUGCUGCGUCUUCUGAUAGUAAUAAACGUAUUAAAGAAUUACCGCUUAAUUCGGUUGGAGUGCAUUCAAUCUUUCGGCAAUCAGAUGGUAAUGACGAAGAAAACGAUCGAGAAAAUAUUAUUGAUAGAAUGAAAGUAUACAGACCACAAGGUACGAUAUUUGAAAUUUGUGGUAAAAAUACAUCGCAAGAUUAUCAAGUGAUGAAGAAAAAACGUGCGUUUCAUAAAGAAAAGAUCGAAAUUCAUCAUCAGAAACGUGACCUAAAGAAAACUCAACAGAUUAAACCAGAGUCUACACUGCAGGGAAGUAAUGCUGAAGAGAUUGAAGAUACAUUUGCGACUAUAGUAGUGCCUAAGAAACGAAAAAUCGAUGAUUUAUAUAAACAGAAAGCUAAGAAACCUAGAAAAGAAGUGCAGAAGGAUGAUAAUUAUAUUCCAUAUCAGCCUGCUGAUCGACAUACAGAAGAAGGAUUAUCGGUGAAUUUCCAACAAGAAGCAUCAAAAGCCCAAUUAGACUUGACCGCCGAUACAAAAGAUGCAAUGCGCCGCUCGAAUCAAACAAAAGUCUGGGAUAGAAAGAAGAAAAAGUUUGUUGUGGACCAGUCCAAGUCGAAGGUAGGCAAAAUCAAGACAGAGUCCGGCGUGUGGAUUCCUGCUACAUAUAAGAGCAACAGGUAUUCACAAUGGAAGGAUAAAACUAAACAAGGUGAAGCAGCUUCAGAUGAUGACGGUGAUAAUACUGAACAGGCUGUGAGGAAACCUAAAGAUUUCUUAAAAGGCAGGCCAAAUACACAUUGGGCUCGACACAAUGAAAAACAAAUGAUGAAGAAUAAACGCUCUGAUCUGAAAUCGACUGAUCAAAUUCUCAAAGCGCGUCAGUUGGCAGAAAAGAAAAAGUCUCGCCAAAACGGCAAGAGAGGUAAAAAGGGUAAGAAAUCCGGUGGCGGCGGCGGUGGCAGAUCAGCGCAGAGGCGAAAGUAAACUCGUGUACACGCACCAUGUUAGAAACGUAUGAAUUACAUACACAUCUUUAUUAAAUUAUCUAAACAUAUUAUACACAAGCGCAAGUAGACGCACAAAAUCGU